CUCAUCGCCCUGUAUGUCCUCGAAGCACAAUGAUUCCACCCACACAGAAGACGCUGCCAUUGCUGUACCAGACAGCGGCGAUACUGGGGAGGGUGGCAAGCUCAAGAUGAUCGUACAGCUCGUCAAAAAGUGUUUGGGCGUCAAGGAUAUUGCAUCCAUGCGUCUGUCACUGCCAGCGUCUCUGCUCGAGCCUAUUCCAAAUCUCGAAUACUGGCAUUACCUUGACCGUGCGGACUACUUUGCUGCCAUAAACGACUCCAAUGACCCAUUCGAACGCAUGCUGGCCGUCGUGCGCUUCACCUUUACCAAGGACCUCAGGUAUGUGCACGGAAAGGUGUGCAAACCCUACAACUCGGUCCUUGGGGAGCAUUUUAGGGCUCAUUGGGAUGUAGUCCCAAUUUCCCGACCCGAUGACGCUGCAAGUCCCCCGUCCUUGCAGCACCACCAAUCUUCCGACAAUCAGAGCCUCCGGAGCGAACAAUCUGGGGCUGUCAGUAUUGCUUCGUCCUCCACAUCGGGUCUGUCCUCGUCGACGAGGCAGGCAGCGUCGACCCCUCCUUCGUCCUUCUCCACCAACUCGGUCGACCAAGCCCGCCUUCGUGUCGUGUUCGUAACCGAACAGGUGUCCCAUCAUCCCCCAGUCUCCGCCUAUUAUGCCUCAUGUCCGGCUCGACACAUUACCAUGCAAGGCAUCGACCAAAUCAGUGCCAAGGUCACCGGAACCGCGACAGUUCGCGUAACUCCAGGCGAAUACAGCGACGGAAUCUUCAUCCGACUCACUGGCGGGCCAGGCAAGGGCGAGUCGUACCACAUUACCCACCCCAUCGCCAAUGUCAACGGCAUCCUCAGGGGAAACUUCUACGUUACCAUUUGUGACUCGACAAUCAUUACGUGCAAACGAGAUGCCCAUUCGUCCUACCGCACGAUCAUCGAGUACAAGGAGGAGUCCUGGCUUGGGAAAGCCCAUUUCCUUGUCGAGGGCGUGAUCCACGUCGUGUACGACUCGGACGACCCGAACCAGAUUUCGCAAUGGACCAAAGUGAAGCACGUUCCUCAGAACCGCGUGGCGGCCGUUUUGGACGGCUCGUGGAGGGGCAAGAUUAGGUGGAAGCGCGUUGGCGGGCUUUCGUAUCCGGGAGCAACAUCCUCUGCGGCGUCUUCCCCCAACCCAUCACACUCCAAACUCCCCAAACCCUCGCUGCCUGCAGCCAGUGCAAGCAGGGCGGAGAUCCAACAGGGUGACGGGGAUUGGCAGCAUCUUAUCGAUCUGAAUGCAUUGGAGGUCCUACCCAAGGAAGUCCGACCCAUCGAGAAACAGCUCCCCCAUGAGAGUAGAAAGCUCUGGAAGAACGUCACCGAUAAACUUAUCAGCAAGGAGUUCUCAGACGCCACGAAGGAGAAGCACAUUAUCGAGCAGAGGCAGCGCGACGAAGCAGCAGAGAGGAAGAAGAAGGGCAUCGAAUUUAUCCCUCGUUACUUUGAGAAGGGCUUGGGCAAUGGCUUCGCUGAACUCACUGAAGAGGGUUGGAAAGCUGUAGCCGAGGAGCUGGCCGAGGCUUCGCCUUACUGCAUUGAAGGGAUUGACCAGGACGCUCAAUUGGCUCCACCAGCACCUCUCAGCGAUUCCAAGUUGCCCACCCCAACUGCCGAACAGGCUUGA